UUUUGUCGUUUUGUUCACCUUACAAAUCACACACUAACAACAACACCCAUAACCCAUUAAUUCAUUCAUAACAUAACCAACCACUCUCUCUCAAAAAACACACACUUAUCAUACAUACUCUGCAGCUAGCUAGCUAUAACUGUUGUUUAUUGUUUUUCUUCUCCAAAAGAAGAAAUAAUAUCCGUUUUAAAAUGCCGGCGUGGUGGAGUAGAAAAUCCUCAAAGAACAAACAAGAGCGUGAAAUCAACGAUAACGAUGAAGAAGACGAAGAUGAACAACCACGUGGCGUUCUUCAAUUCAAUUUCAUGAUGAAAUCUCCAAUCACAUCAACAAGGUGUAGCAGCGGUGAUAAUAACAAGAACAAGAACAAGAAGAAGAAACAGAAGCCGAAGAGUUUCGACGAGGUUUUCAAUCGGAAUUCACCGAGGAGUAGCAAGGAUUACGAUGGCGGCGCCGCCACUGAGAAGAAAGGUCUUCCGUUACCUCUACCUACAAACACCGAUCAAGCUUUGGGAUCUCCUUCCGUUUCUGGCUCCAGCGUCAGUUCUUCUACCUCUUUCGAUGAUCAUCCAAUUUCUCCUCAAUUCGUUGCCAAUAACAGAGGACAAGAUGAGGUGAAGUUCAACGUGAGGUCAAAAAGUCCAGGUCCUGGGUCAAGAGGACCCACUAGCCCUACAUCACCUCUUCAUUCAAGGUUGCAUGCUUUGAGUCUUGACUCACCUACGGGAAAGCAAGAUGAUGGAAAGAGUCAAUGUCAUCCAUUGCCUCUUCCACCAGGCUCUCCUACUAGUCCUUCUUCUUCUGCUCUCUCCAACACACGGCCAAAUGGACCAUUUGAAAACACUCUAACUAACCUGUCCAAGUGGAAGAAAGGAAAGCUUCUAGGCCGGGGAACAUUUGGGCAUGUUUAUCUGGGAUUCAAUAGUGACAACGGACAAAUGUGUGCAAUUAAAGAAGUGAGGGUUGGCUGUGAUGAUCAAAAUUCAAAAGAGUGCCUGAAACAACUUAACCAGGAGAUAAAUUUGCUUAAUCAGCUUUCACACCCAAACAUUGUUCAAUACUAUGGGAGUGAACUGGGAGAGGAAUCACUUUCUGUUUAUUUGGAAUAUGUCUCUGGUGGUUCUAUCCAUAAAUUACUUCAGGAAUAUGGCCCGUUCAAGGAGCCUGUUAUUCAAAAUUAUACUAGGCAGAUUGUCUCUGGACUUGCGUAUCUACAUGGAAGAAAUACAGUACACAGGGAUAUCAAAGGGGCUAACAUACUAGUUGAUCCUAAUGGUGAAAUCAAACUAGCAGACUUUGGAAUGGCUAAACACAUAACUUCUGCUGCUUCAAUGCUUUCAUUCAAAGGAAGUCCAUACUGGAUGGCACCUGAGGUUGUAAUGAAUACAAAUGGCUAUAGCCUUCCAGUUGAUAUAUGGAGCUUGGGAUGUACACUUAUUGAAAUGGCAGCGUCAAAGCCUCCGUGGAGUCAGUAUGAAGGGGUAGCUGCAAUAUUUAAAAUUGGGAAUAGCAAAGAUAUGCCUGAAAUUCCCGAGCAUCUUUCAAAUGAUGCGAAGAAUUUCAUUAUGUUAUGUUUACAGCGGGACCCAUUAGCUCGCCCAACAGCCCAUAAAUUACUAGAGCAUCCCUUCAUUAGAGAUCAAUCACCAACAAAAGCUGCAACCAGAGAUGUUUUCCCUUACAUGUUUGAUGGAAGUCGAACACCGCCUGUUUUAGAGUCUCAUUCCAAUCGAAGAACUAAAACUUCACUUGAUGGAGACUAUGCAACAAAGUCAGCUAUUGCAGCUCCACGUGCAAUAAGGAGUCCAAGAGAUCACACAAGAAUGAUCACAUCUUUACCAGUAUCUCCCUCUUCAAGUCCAUUGCGAUAUGGUCCGGAACAUAGGAGCUGUUUCUAUUCUCCUCCUCAUCCAACUUACACAUUAAUGGGACAAAAUAGUAACACCUUGUAUGACACACCUUAUCCAGCAAGAUCAAAUGCAACAUUUACUCUUGAUCCUUGGCACGAAACGUCUAGAUACAAAGCCCAUACACCACCUGGCGGAUCUCCAAGAAUGAGAUUCAUUUGAGUUGAUUGUAAAUACAUACAGGUUUUCCCAGCAUGCCUUGUUGUAUGUGGUUGCACUUCAAUCUGGACUCUGAAGCACAAACUCGUGUCUAAAAGAUUCUGGUCUAUUCUUUAUACAUUAGAACCAGAUCAAAGAAGAAAUGAGGGGCCCUAAGCUCUCAGUGCAUUGGCCUGGGGAGACCUUGUUGCUUGUAUCAAUUUCUUGAUUAUAUUGUAAAGGAAAUGUACUUUGUGUUUGUAGUAACGGUUAUGUUGUAUAUUGCUAGUUAAUGACAGAGAAGAAGGAAAAAAAAUUCACACCCACUUUUCAUUUUAUAUUGGAAAUUCUACUUGAGAUUGGAUACGUGUAUGGUUUGGUUCCAAGCCAUCAUCUAGGACCAGAAGCGUGAACAAAAUUGACUUGAUAGAGCCAGUGUACUGAAUGUCCAAAAUAUUUGAGCAGUUUGUGGUUUUAAUUAUUUGCAUUGUAGCUAAACUUAUAUUUUUCAUUGGCAAAUGGUACUGCUAUGUGUAGCAGUUUAUGUGGUCUGCAA